CCCCCCCCUGAAAGUCCCAAACACCCACAAUGGGGUGUUAUCGCCCACGUUGAGAAUCUAUGAUUUAAAGUUUAUGAUAUUUUUAUACCUUAUACUGCUAACUUGCGUUUGUUAACCACUUAUCCAUAUUUAUUGUGUAGCUUGUUUACAUGUUGUUCAACAAAAAAAUUUAAUAAAAACAUUCAAUUUAUUAUUAUGAAUUUGCUUAUUUUGCAAUUUUAAUUGUACAGUUUUUAUUCUAACACAUCAGAAAUAGGACUUUGUUUUUAAAAUAGAGUCGAUACAAUAAAAGAGUUGUCUAUAUGUAAUGUUAACUCUAUAAAUUACUACCUACUUGAGACUUCUUGGACAUAUUUUAUUUUACAAACAAGGUCACUAAUAAUACAAUAAAAAUUAAAAAAGAAAGUUGACUACUGUAAAUACAAUAUUAUAUUGAUGCCAAUGUGCUUAUAGUAACUAUAUUAUAUAUAGGUAUAGUUACUUAUUGAUUAUAAAUGUAUUUACAUUAGUACAGUUUUCAAGUAAUUUUGAAUUACAUUAUUUUGAAUGUUAUAAUGAUGUGUGAAAGUUACAGAGAUUGUGAGUUGCCAUAUUGUUUGUUUCUUCAGUGAUGUCCGGAGGAAGUUUCCAAAGCUGUUAAGAUUGGAUGGCGAGGAUCUACCACCACCGAUUGGGUUCGACGUCCCUGAAGACGUAUCGCUGCCACCCAUGCAACAGUCAUUCCUUAUUGACCCUAGCGGCCAAGAGCUUGUGAGAGAAUUCCUAAAGCAAUACUUCGCUAUAUAUGACUCUGAGUCGCGCCAGCCAUUGCUCGACGCAUAUCAUGAAUCAGCAACUAUGUCUAUGUCGGCAAAUUAUUUGAGCAGUGACAAUCGGAAUAAUACACAGAGGUUAAACGCGUAUAUAUCAAAUAGUAGAAAUAUAAUGAGGAUAACAGAUCGUGAAUCAAGAAGAAGAUACUUAAAGACGGGCAGAUUGCAAGUGGUGUCGUUUCUCUCAGAUUUACCUAAAUCCACACAUGAUUUGAUGGGAUUUGCAGUUGAUUUAUUAGUGUUUAAGCCCACAAUGCUGGUUCUAACAAUGAAUGGAAUAUUCAAAGAGCAUUUCACAAAUGGCACUCCAAUGCGAUCGUUCCAUAGGACCUUUGUGAUUGUGCCCAACGCUGGAGGUGGUUUCUGCAUUAUCAAUGAUGUUCUAUUCAUUACAAACGUUACUAAAGAUCAGGAGAAUAAAGCAUUCAAAGCUCCAGAGGUAACCCAGCCAGCAACUCCUGCAGUUGCAGUUGCGCCAAAUAUGAUUACACCAGCCAUGACUGCCCUGGCUGUAAGUACUCCAUCACAGGAUGAUACUCACAAAAUGAUGCUCAACAUGCUCUGCCAACAAACGGGAAUGAACGACCACUGGAGUAUAAACUGCCUGCAAGAAACUGGUUGGGACUACCAGCGAGCUCUGUUUAUAUUUAACCAGCUACAGUCAGAAGGAAAAAUACCUCCAGAGGCAUUUGUUAAGUGAUGAUAACAAGUGAUAUGUUGUUUGUGAAUUGAAACUGAAGUUUGGAGACUAAUAUAGCGAUUGUGAUUAUUGUAAAUAAUGAUGGUGAAUGAAUUUUGAGAAUUUAAACAUAAUGUUAACAUUUUGAAAGGACUUACACAUUACUGUGUGUGACGAAACAGAUGAACGGAUAAACACACGUUCAGAACAACUGUAACAACAAGGUGUCAUAGUUUGUGUGAUAUAAAAAUUACACUUUUCCUGUUUGUUCUAUUAAAGAAUCAUGGUACUACAUUCAAAAUCUAUUGAGAUGAUUUAAUAUUUGUGUUAAGAAGAAUGACGUCAUUGGUUGCAGUGAAGUUAUGGACAAUAUUUUCAUUUAAGAACAAACGAAAAAUAAAGAAUUAUUUGUAUAUAUACACAAUUGGUGUACUUUGUUCUUGCUAUAAAAUAUAUUAGGCUUUUUUUUUUUUUAUAAAAUUUCACUCACAAUAUCAUAAGAUAUGAUUCAUAUCACAUUAUUAAAAAGCUUAAUAUAUUUUGUCAUAGAGUCAAUAAUUAAAAAAAAUAAGAAAAAUACAAUAAAAAUUAAAAAAUACAUCUUUGAAUGUCUUUUUCCUAUUUGAUUUGUAAUAUUAAUUAAUAUUAAUUGAGUAAAAAAAACGUGAAAAAAAUGUAAAAUUUGGUGUCUGUGUACUGUAGAAAAAAUGGCACUGUAUGAGAACAGCUUACAUUUAAAAAAUGUUAUGUUUUAUUCAGACUGUAAUAUUGCUGUGGUUAGUUUCGUAUUGUAAAUUGGAAAGUUGUUUUUUGUACUGAUUUUAUUCAAAAAACUUACCAGAUAUCUCUAAACAUAUAUGAAAAAGUUGUUAUAUAUGAACCAUUUAAUUGUCAUCAAUAACUUAAAAUAAUUAAGCAAACAUUUUGUUAUCUGUGAUUUAAAAUCUGUCUAUUUUUGUUUGUCAGCUCUUUUAUUAUAUAUUCAAGUUUAGCCUGUAUACUUUAUAAACUGUAUAAAAAUAUUUUUCUUACUGUGUAAUUAAAUUUUAAUGUUAUAUGUACUUUUGUAUUCAAUUUUGUUUGUGGCACUAUAACUUGAGAUCUGAGUUUAGCUGUGAUUGGACAGCAUGAAACGGGCUUUGGCAACCUUACCUGGUCGGUUCUGCGGUGCACUCACCCUGUGUGGGCAUGGUUGGGGGCAUUUUUAGACCCUCGUGUAAAAUAGUGGCGGAACCCCUUAGGAUAUUAACCCUCUGUGGGCUAGCUGCUUAUUAUUUACCAUUUUUGCACGUUUUACUUGACUUUGGUUUUGGAAGCCUGCCCCGAGUGCUGUGUAGUUAUGUGCCUCAUUUGAAUUAAGUAUAGAAUAGUUACUUAGGGUUAAUAAAAGUAUUUUUUGUA